AUGAGCAGCCUCGACACAGUCGGGUCAUUGCUUGCGGCCAUUGCGAACCUCCUUGCCCAGGGAUUGCGCAUCCUCAGCUUGGCUGACAAGAGUCAUUGGGGCCCUGACGAGUACGAGCAGGUUCACGCUCUCGCUUCUGCGCUGGACGAGGCCAAGAAGGACUUUCAGGAGCUGGCACCCUUGGUCAAUGGACAGGUAUACUACGAGACCGACCGGAAACAUGAGUCUCUUGAAGAGCUGAGAGCAUUAAAAACUCAAUUUACUUCUCAUAUAGAACAGAUAAAAGACUGGAGCCGUUCCGGUGGCCCAAUAAAUCCAGUAUGGAUACGCGAGACACAGACUUUACAGAGAAAGCUACACAGAGCGCAAUGUCGAGCGACAAGACGAAUAUACACCUCAGAAAAGGAAUCAUCUUCCAGAUGUUUAGGCGCAUUUCUCGUUUACCGACAACAACGCAAAUGGGCAAUGGAUAAAACAGUACCGGACGAGCUCGAAUAUUCACGGAGAUACCGGGAGGAAUUGCGCCUAUGUAACGCCAUUGGGUCGUUCAAGCGAUUUGGCGAUCGCGACAUUGCCUUUGUGUGCGACUACUGCGACGGUCACAUAAUAUGGGAGGAUAUUGAAAACAUGCCUUCGAUACGAACGUUUCAAGAAGCCGCGGCGUCCCCGAUUCUAACUUUAUCACCAACCCCCGAUAAUCCACAUUGGCAGGCGACAGGUUUCACGAAAUCCGGGCACCAGGAAAAGCAAAUGGUCUUUGCGCCGGUCGCCAUCGCAAAUCACGUAGCGCCACAGCACCGCGACUGGCUAGCCGGUCUUCUAUGUCCAUAUUGCGAAACGGAAUCGACAGUGCCUCAGGAGCAGUACGAUGACGAGGAUGCCUACCGGCCGGAUCUGGGAUACGAAGACAUGGAUGCGUACCAGGAGCAUCUCGAAUGGCAGCAUACAGUGACAGCGCCAACGUCGCAAGCACAGGCAACUUCGGAUAACUGCAUAGUGAUGUAG